UGAAGGAGCCGGGCACUCUCAGCGCACAGAGAGCAAAAUACUCCGCGCAGUUUGUCGCAAUUUCACAGAACUGGUAUCCUCGUCUGCUUCACCUCCGCAAUUGCAGAUCGAACGCCACUGUGUCAGAAAUGCGAACAAAGAAAGAAAAUAGUGUGGGCAAAUAGGAAAAGGAACAUCAAUCAGGGACGCUAGAUUACAGAUAGUUUCAAUAACCCGAAUGUACAUCUGUCAAGAUUCAUAUGCUGAUGAGCAUAUGCAGAUAUAUGGAUUUCUUUCUAAGGGAUCGUGAGGAUUUCUUAAGCAUCUGGAUAAAAAGCGAACAGGACACUUUAUUCAAUGGUCGAUUGAAAAGCAGUGCGUCGGUAUACUCUGGACGUAAAAUGAAGAUUUGGACAGAGGACAGAAAUUCUAUCGAAUCGCGCUGAAAAGGGGAAACUUGCCUUGGUAGAAAUGUGGCUAUAGCAAGUGUUGUGAUACAUUGUAUCAACAUAAGGAGAUUUAUUGGAGUCGUUUUCUGGGAAACCAACGCAUGACAGCAGAACGAUAUAAUAAUCAUUAUCAUACACUAACGAGUUUCCUUCUUUGUUAAAUAUCGUGCAUGAAUUGUUAUUGAUAGACUAGGCUACAUGUUUACAUUCUAGCCUAUAGGUGCAGCAUCGAUGUUGUAAAUAUUUGUAGACUACAAUGUCACGUGAAAUUGACUGAAUAGUAAUGCAUAUUUCUAGAAUCUCACAGAAACCAUGCUAUCUGUACUGAUUGUGGCAGCGCUGUCAUUCAAGUGUAAUUUAACACUUGGUAGGAGGCGAAACCACGUUCUCUGACUCGCAACAUAAAUAUUGUGAACAUCUGAAUCGUAACAAAAGACGCGUGUUUCUUCCAGUUUUUGUUUAACGAAUUUUUAAGUUUGAUUGGACUACGAAAAACGCUAAGAAUGUCGACAGUAAUGGUGGCAAAGAAGGUAAAACGAAAAUGGGAAAAUCUCCCAGGCAAGAACACUUUCUGCUGCGAUGGACGUGUGAUGAUGGCAAGACAGAAAGGCGUCUUCUAUCUGACCUUAUUUUUAAUCGUCGGGACCUGCGCUCUGUUUUUUGCAUUCGAGUGCCCAUACCUGGCUGUCAACCUGUCCCCCGCCAUCCCUGCAGUUGGAGCCGUGCUCUUCCUGUUUGUGGUGGCUAUGUUGUUCAGGACCAGCUUCAGUGAUCCUGGCGUGCUGCCUCGUGCUCUGCCAGAAGAGGCCACCUUCAUUGAGAUGGAGAUUGAGGCGGCUAAUGGGAACGUCCCGCCAGGGCAGCGCCCCCCUCCCCGCAUCAGGAACGUUCAGAUCAACAACCAGAUCGUGAAGCUCAAGUACUGCUACACCUGCAAGAUCUUUCGCCCUCCUCGAGCGUCCCACUGCAGCAUCUGUGACAACUGCGUGGAGCGCUUUGAUCACCACUGUCCCUGGGUAGGGAACUGCGUGGGCAAGAGAAACUACCGCUACUUCUACCUGUUCACCUUGUCGCUUUCGCUGCUCACCAUCUUCAUCUUCGCCUUCGACAUUGUCCACAUGGUGAUGCGUUCUGUGGACUCUGGUUUUGUGGGUGCACUUAAGCAGACUCCUGGAACGGUGGUGGAGGUGGUGGUCUGUUUCUUCACCUUAUGGUCUGUGGUAGGACUGACUGGAUUCCACACCUACCUGAUCUCCCUCAACCAAACCACCAAUGAAGACAUCAAAGGUUCGUGGUCAGGCAAAAAUCGAGUUCAGAACCCCUACAGUCACAGGAACUUCAUGAAGAACUGUUGCGAGGUGCUGUGUGGACCUGUGCACCCCAGUGUUCUGGACAGAAGAGGCCUGAUGCUUGAGGGGUUGCCCGGCUCAACCAAUCCCACGGCUGCUCUAACACACGUCAGCAAAAGCAAAAACCCUGAGGCACAGCCCACAAAAACCAAAGCAGAGCACGGUCCUGAUGAUGAUGUCAAGCCUGACAUCAGCACUUCGACUACGGACAUAUCCGGCCUCGAGAAGAGCCCUUCCUCCUCUGAGAUGUUACCCUCUCCCCAGGACCUGCCUCCUGAGCCACUGAGAGACAACACAGACUGUGCUCCAGACAAAGAGGACACCUACUAGCAGGAUCGGGAAGGGGAGUCCCUCUACAGCAUUGCUUGGGAUCCCAGGAAAGCCACUGUAUGAAACUACUGAGGAUACUCUGUUUUGCAGUAUUAGGCCUGUGGUGGUGGUGGUGGGGGGCACUUUCCCAUCUUUUGCCAGAACUGACUGAGGAACAUGACACUACAGAAAACCGGCCUGUUUUUGGAGGGACAUUCUAAUGCCAUUUUUCAUCGAGACAUGGUUGGUUCUUUAUACCCAAACUUUGCAUGGGACACUUUCUAGGAACGGGGGACUGAGAAAUCUUAAAAUGCGAUCCAGUUACCUAGGAGUCCAUUGUUUACCGCUACGUGGGGCUUGUAUUGAUUGUUAGGUAUUUUUCUUUUUUUUGUAUUUCAAUGACCUCUAAAUGUUAAUGGCCAGUGUAAAUCUACCCCAUACCCCAUUUGACACUGACAAUAUUCUUCCUGGUCUUAUGUAUCUCUACUAAAUAGCGAUAUGAAAAACUUUUUAGCUUCUGCAGUACCAAGCAGCGCCUAUGCAAUUAAUCGUAAGAAUGGCACAACAGAUUGUGUGACUGUUUGGCAGGGUGGAGCUUUGGUGGUUUGGCUGUGGCCUAACAUCAGCUUGCAAAAAAUAUAUGCUCACAUCUGUUACUUUUUGGUAAAACGAUGAUGACUAUUCAGUCCAAGAAAUAGACCUGCGAUGUGUUGGAUCACAGUAGGAGUGUUAUCACCAUUGAAUGAUGUCAUUGUUUUCCUAUCCCCAAUAAUGUGACAUCAUGAGCAGAACUGGCACUGAAACCCCUUAAACAUGCUGCACUUUGAGCUCAGUCAGGCAUUGGCUGAGUUCAUGUUAUAUUUAUGCUAUUUAUGGACAUGGUCCCUUUUUGGUCACUUUUGAGUCACAAGAGAGCCAAAAUGGUGUUUUGAGAUCCAGAUUUCAGCCUCAAAUCUUGAAUCACCUGUCCCUCUUCCACUGAGGACAGUUUCUGUCCCAAGCCUGUCUGGGCCACGUGUGAAGGGAAUGGUCAUAUUUGCUGCAGGCAGUCAGAAACUGUGCCUUAUCUCAGAACUGCUCUUUCCAAGCAGUUGAGGCCAUCUGCAAAGCGGCCAAUCGGCUUCACUUAUGGGUGGUUGUAAAACAUUCCUGAGAGAAAAUAUAAUGCUGUGUAUGUGUGGAGUAUUAAAUGAGAAAUGUGACCUUUUAUAAAUGAAGAAAUGACAUAGAGGAGCAAAAAAUGAGAAAAGCCAUUAUUUGUAAAGGCCAGUGUCUCAAUAGGUGUGGGAUGAAUAUACAGAAGAAUAGAAGGGGAAAAAAUGCUUAGCUGCACACAGUCUCUGUGUUUCAACAUUCUUGUUUACUUUUUGCCAUGACCUUACAGCCUCCAAUUUCAGCAAAAUGAUUUGAUGGCUCAUUCCAGAACUUUACUUAAGCAUUCCCCUGUUGUCUUCUUGUCCCUGCCUCUUUUAUGUGCUUGAGGCAGAGGGCUUUUUGCAUUUCUGCAGCAAUUUGUUUCUUUUCUUCAGGAGAAAGAUAUUGGUAGCUGAAGGUUACCUCGCCCAUAUAAAAACUAUUUAUGAGUUUGUUGCAUCACACUAGAAAAAUACAAUAAUUGGGCCUCAUUCACAAAACAUUCCUCCGAAGAGGUUUAGUCAUCAACUGUGCUUACAAACCUUUUCAUGAACAUUUCGAAAUUCAUAAUUUUUUCUUAUCUGAAUUUGUCCUUUGGUACAAUCAAAAUCUAUGUGUGUUUGGAAACAUGCUUAAAAGCAUAUAUGCAGUAGAUGUUUAUACUUAGAAUGAUUUAAUAUUUGUGUAGAGUCCAUUUAAAUAGUUACAGCUAUUAACAACAAAAUGUUUAUUAAUACAAGUAUAUUAUAUUAAUAUUGUAAUAUAUUAAUAUAAAAUGGGCUAUUGAGUUAACAAAUUUACUAGCCUUUCUCUGUAACCUCAGAAUUUUUUAUUUAGUUUUCAGUUUUGAUUUCAGUUUCACUGAAGUUUUAGUUUGUUUUAAGAGCUGUUCAGUUUUACAUUUUUUAUUUCAGUUAUCGUUCUCAUUUGUGUUUCAGUUUAUGAUUAUGUUUUUUCCCGCCUAGUUUUCGUUUUAGUGGUAAUAAUGAUAGUUAUUAUAAUGGUUUAAUAACGUUCUUAAAGUUUAUGAACAAAUGGCAAUUCAUCCUCUGAUACACCUGCGAUAUGCACAAAAUCAAAGGUCUGUUCCUGAAAUCGCACAUUGGUUUUUCCAUAGGAUAUUUUAAAAACAAAAGCAAGAAGAAAAGUUUUGUUAAUGAGGCCCAUUGAAAAAAGGGGGUGUUAUACUCAUGACUUUUUGCUUGUAUCUGUUAAUUUCACACUAAACUGAGCACUGGAUUGUUGAUACCUCUUGCCAGUUGCAUUUGGUGCACAUUUAAAUUCAGGAGACAUUCAGCAAUGAGAAAGGCAAUUUGGUGGAAUAAGAAUUUUGAUGGAUACUGCAAUUUGCAGCAUUUCUGUCCCACAGAGACGAAUAUAUGUGGUGAAAUGAAGCUUAUGAAAAAAACAAUUUAUCUCAAAGUGGUAUUCAGCUUGGAAUUUACUCUUAAUGUUGUAUGUUCAAUAAAAAGGAACAAUUUUUAGAAUUUUUUGUGUGACUGACAAACGGUUCUACAGAAUUUGCUACAUGGCUAUGCCAAGUUUACUACAAGAGUGUUGUAAAUUUACAUGAUUGUCGAACCCAAUUCACGCUUAGCUCCUGUUUACCAGUGUAAGGAGUGCUUUGAAUAUAAAAGUUAUAUUCCAUAAGAAUGGAUACUGAGCAGACUGGCUGCAGACUGGCCACAUAAUCUUUACUCAGCCUGCAGCUGGGAGUAACACACACGGGGAUCCAUUCCUUCAGUUUCAGAUCAUUUAGCCUACUUCCCUGUUCUCUUCUCACUCUUAAAGCACUCCUUGCCUAUAAAUAUGGCCACAAUUAAAAUCAGAUAAUGAGAUUUCCUACCGAAGACUCUUUAAAUUUUGUCAACCACAUAAAAGUACAGUAAGUCAGGAGUUAGUAGUGGCAAUGCUGUGCACCACAGCCCUCUCAGUAAUUUGGAAGCCAGUCUCCAGAGCUCAGUUUCAUUAAAGUCAGGAAUAGAGAAAUUAAAAUGUUAAUUGAAGACUUGAAAGAAAUUAGCAGCAUUACAAAUAGCUACUUGCAGCUCCUUUUGUUGUUACGCAAGUGGGUCAACCUGCUAGUGGUCAAAAUCAGAUUUUUUAACUUACAACAAGUCAAUGCAAAACAGCAUAGGGGUGUGUUGUUUGUGGCAUCAAAGCCAGACGAGCUGGAGAUAUCAAAGUGUGGUAUAUGAAUUGCAGUGUAUUAUAUUGCAGGUAUCAUUGAUGGCAUUUGAUAGGUGUUCACUUUGCUUUGUAAUAACACUGUGAUUAUGUACUUUUCAUUUUCCUUACUUCUCACACUUUUUUUAAGAUUAAGAUUCAGUGUGUGUUAAUUAAAGUGACUUGUCUUAAAA